AUGGAAAAGGUAAUAUCAUCGCUUUCGGCGGUGGCGACUUUGCUAGCAAUAUCUUUGUUAGUAAUUUUUGUUGAUGGAGAAGAUUACAUAGCAACAACAGAAACACCGGGUAUUGGCAAUGAUACUUCAUUUAACAUUGUCCUUUUUCCAGCUAUAACCGGGGGAUCACCUACACUUGCUGGAGAAUUUCCAUUCAUGGCUGCUUUAGGAUGGUUAGACGAGUUCGGAGAACUUAAAUAUCAUGGUGGUGGGAUGAUUAUAAGUCCAAAAAUGGUUUUAACCGCUGCUCAUUGUGUUUACAAAGAUGGCAAAAUUCCUGAUGUAGUUUUUAUAGGCGGAGAAUCUCUUAAGGCGCAAAACAAUGAUUAUAGGGAUGUAUUUUUAAAAUUUUCUGUAGUCAAUGUGUCAAUUUAUCCUGAAUAUGAUCCCACACAAGGAUACGAUGACAUUGCAAUACUCGAAUUAGACAACCCAACAUGGUUUCCUUCAGUUUGUUUAUGGAAAAGUCCAAAUUUACCAAUCGAUGACGUCACAGCCAUAGGAUAUGGUUUAACAGAAUUUG